AUGCAUCCGGCGCAACGGCCAAUGAUUGACGACGGCGCGUCUGGUGUUAUCCUGAUGUUGGACGAGACCAGGCUGAGGAGCGGCGAUGCGACGGCCAAGAUGCACGAGGCCAAACGUGACGCGACGAUGAUCCCUGAGCCGGCGUCGAGCGGGAGCUCGAGGAGGUGUGUUGUAUCGGCGAGCGGCGGCACGAUCAUGAUGAGGACGACGAAGGUCCGAUUUCGUUACUUUUGUGGUAUGAGCCAGCAGACCAAGACGCCAACCCCAGAGAAGCGCGACUUGCAUGGCACCCAAAGGAGCCAUGUGUAUCUUAGCACCCCGAACCAAAACACACGCCACACCUUGAGAACCUGCAGGGCCUCCUUCAGCUGCCCCACCGAAAACGAUGCCUUGUCGCCGCCCUCCCUGUCUCUAAACAUCCGAGCCCUGAGCACCUUUUCGCGCUCGUUCAAAAGCAACGGGUCGUUCGGCCCGUACGGCAUCAGGAUGUAA